AUACUGUAAUCAUACAAGAACACAAACAUUUCUUUUGUUCUUUUGUUAUUUGUUUUUAAAAGUGAUUACGCGUGUUUUAUCGCAAUGUGCUAUAUACGAACGGUAACACAGUUGCUAGGAGACUAGAUGUUUCAAUAAAUUGACAAUUAUGACUAGAACAAAAUCAUUUUUGAUGUCGGGCUAAUGUAAUCAGUAUUAAAUUUACACAAAAUUACCAAAUUCCACGUAUCUCGUGCAUAUUAAUCCGUCGAAAUGACAAUGUAGAAAAUGUGACAUUAUAAAGAAAAGAAAAAAAAGUGCGAGGAUAGACCUAGUCGAGGAAAAAUUUCCCAGUAUCGUGCGGCAUAAAAUUGGAAUGGAAAAAUGCCCUGCGACGGUAAAACUCCAAAUUGCGAGAGAAGACGUGAAUUACUGACGCAACUAAAAUGCUUGAUCAGUUCUAUGGACAGAAGAAAACCAUGUGAAUGGGAUGAGCCAUCUGCCGCACCUAUCGUGAAAUGCUGCGUAAAACCAAUCGAUCCUUAUGCACCUUGUAAUCCUUGCGAUCCUUGUGUACCUUGUUGUAUACCUGUUAAACGUUGCAAGAGUUAUGAACUCCGUGCAAGUAUAAUGUACAAGUGCGAAUGUAUCAAGAGGAACGGCCUGCAAGACAGAUGCAUGAUGUGGGAUUGCAUGGGUAGACCGGAGUGCAUGACAAAGCUGUAUCCAGUUUGCGGUCCAGGUCGCACUGCUUUGCUGAAGCUAACUGACUUGGGCGACGCGGAAGUCGCUCUUAAAAAGUUCUAUUGCGCGGACAAGGCCAGGGAAGCCGCGUUGGCUGCUUACUGCAGGCUUAUUUGCAAUAAUGGAAAUCAAGUUCAGUCGCCGAUGUCCGUUGCAAGAUGCAACGAUAACAAUGGAAAUAACGGAGAUUCAUGUCAAAAGCCAGCAUGUUGCGACGAGCCGCUGUCGUUGCGCCAAGUUUACGUGCCAUCCCCGGCGGAUACUUGCUAUAUACCACAAAUCUGUUACACAUGUUCUCCUCCCCCAUGUCCUCCCCCUUCCUCUCCAACAUGUGUACCCUUCUGUCCUCCACCUGUUUGUCAACCAUGUGUACCAUGUUGUCCGGUGUUUUAAUAAAAGAUUAAAAAUAA